AUGCACAAUCCGUUGAGAUCCGAAACAUCUACGAAGCUCAAGGAACUCGUGGAGAAGGGCCUCCAGGAACAUCUGGGAUCGGAAGCUGCGCGAGGUGUUGAAAGUUUUCAGACAUGCCGGCAGAAGAUUGCCAAGAUGGUCAACUCAAACACCUUCGAGUACGCGGCUGGCAUGGUCAUCUUGGCCAACAUGAUUGUCAUCGGCAUAGAGGCACAAGAAUCUCUCAACCUGGACCAGCUGGAAUUCGCUGAGUACACGUGGCCUUGGUUCGCGGAAAGGCUUUUCCUUCUCAUUUACAGUGUCGAGAUCGUUCUCAGAAUCAUCGCGGGAGGUUGCGCUGCUCUUAAGGACCCGUGGUUUCUGAUGGAUUUCACUCUUGUUUGUAUCGGCUGGGCGGCUCUCCUCUUUUUGCCGCUGGCAGGUGUCGAUGCCCUGGCGGCGGAGAAGCUCCUCAUCGUCCGUGGUCUCCGACUACUGCGCCUAGUAAGGGCCCUGCGGAUGAUCAACCAUUUCAAGGUGAUCUGGCGACUGGUCUACGGUCUUCUGACAGCUGGGCAGACGAUUGCUUCAACCACCAUCUUGAUCUUGGUCAGCUUGUUUGUUUGUUCUUGCGUUGCCGUGGAGUUGAUCGGUAAAGACAAUGAUCUGCUCAGCGAUUCGACGACGGGCCCGAUUGUGAACAUGCACUUCCGUGGCAUCGACCGGUCGCUGAUCACAUUGAUGCAGUUCGUAACUCUCGACUCAGUAGCCAGCAUUUACUUUCCUUUGAUCAUGCUCAAACCCUACCUCUCCCUGUUCUUCUUGGGCUUGAUUGUAGUGGUCUCUAUCGGCCUGAUGAACCUCGUGACUGCAGCAGUUUUGGAGAAUGCCAUGCAAGCUGCGGUUCAAGAUGCCGAAGCAGAGAAGAACGAAAUGAUGAACACGGUCAAGGAAGCCAUUCCAGAACUUCUGAAGAUCUUUCAGAGCAUCGACAAGGACAACAGUGGCAUCUUAACGCGCGACGAGGUUUUGUCGGUUGGCGUUGAUAUUAUUCCACAGAAGUUCCUUCAAACGGUACACGUCGGCAGUUUCAUCGAGCUCUUUGAUUAUCUCGACGUGGACCAAACCGCGGAGCAUCUUGGCUCAUGGCUUUACUUGCCUGCCGUCUUCGCCUCAGGCUCGCUUUGCCUCAAGCCGCACAGCAAGUCGAUGCUCAUUCCGACGAACUUUGCUGAAGACAGCACGCAGCAGGGCUUCUCCUCCACAAUCUGGGAAAAGGGCCAUUUGGCUCGCACGUUUGACAUGUCGAUGUCGGAAGGCCUUGUGCGCGUCUCUUUCGACCGAUUCUGUGUACUGAGCGAAGAAAUGUCGGAUGAGCGCCGCUGGGGCGCGGUUUCCGCCGCGGUUUCCGCCGCGGGCCUGGCAGCCUUGGCUGAGAAGCGCCGGGCUCGCGCAGCUCGAGCCGACCCAGCGCUGGCCGUCGUGGAGAGACCUCCGCUGGACAAUCGCGAGUACAAGCCAAUCACGUUGCAGAAUGGGCUUCGCGUGCUGGUCUGCUCCGAUCGAGCGGCCGACCGUGCAGCUGCAGCACUCGACGUUCACGUCGGCUACUUCAACGAUCCGCCGGAGGUGCAAGGGCUAGCACAUUUCUGCGAGCACAUGCUCUUCCUCGGGACGGAACAGUAUCCAGACGAGAGCAGUUUCGAUGCGUAUCUGACUGCGAACAGUGGCUCUUCGAAUGCCUUCACGGAGGCAGAGGACACCUGCUUCUUCUUCAGCUGCAGUACGGCUGGCUUGCGGUCUGCCCUGGAGCGCUUCGGGACCUUUUUUCAGAACCCCCUCUUCACAAGCAGCGCAACCGAGAGGGAGGUCAACGCUAUCAACAGUGAGCACUUGAAGAACGUUCCUAGCGACGUUUAUCGCAUGGGACAGGUCUUGAACAGUCGCGCCAAUCCUGCGCACCCGUAUCACCAAUUUGGGACGGGAAACAUCAAGACCCUGCUGGAAGACACUGCUUCCAGAGGAAUUGACCUUCGAGCCGAACUUGUACGGUACUACCGGCGCUACUACAGAGCGCCGCUUAUGACGCUUUGCAUUCUGGGCGACGAGCCCCCUGAUGUGCUUGCACGAUAUGCUGAGCAGUUCUUUGGCAAGGUUCCUGGCCUUGCGGAAGGCGAGAAACUUGAUCCGGCCGCUGCCUACGCGGAUCAGCCACUUUUCUUGCCCGAAGCCUUCAAACAAGGAGUUGAAGCCGUCCCGGUUGCUGACGCUCGUGAGCUACAGGUGGUGUUCCCGGUGCCGUUUGCACCAGGCACCAGGAUAGUUGCAGCCGAAGAGGCACCAGACAGCCCCGUGCGCGGCAGCAUGACGGUGGAUAGCUGGCGCUGGUACAGUCCGACUUCCCAUGUUGGUUCUGUGCUGGGCCACGAGGGCCCGCGCAGCCUCUGUGCACUCCUUAGGAGACGAGGCUGGAUCACAGCUCUCGAAGUUGGCAGCGCAGACGACACCAGCACCUUCGCGGUGGUGGUGGUCUCCAUGGAGCUCACCGAGGAGGGCCUGACUCACAAGGACCAGAUCUUGGAGCUGCUCUUUGGUUAUGUUAACUAUCUGCGGAGCUUGUCGGUGUGGCCGCAGGAGCUCCUGUCCGAAAAUUUACAGCUCUCUGAUGCUGGCUGGGCAAGCCGGGAGAAGGAGGGCCCCAUGGACUCGGCAGUCCGGCUGGUGGGCAACAUGCAGGAUUGGGCAUUUCCACGAGACUACGUCCGGGGAAACAACCGACUUCGUAACGGCCCGGGAUUGGAAGGCACUGUGGACGCAUUGCUGCAGUUCCUACGCGCAGACAAUGCCAUCAUCACAGUGGUUUCUCGCAACUUUGAGGCUGAGGGAAAUGAGACAGAACCAUGGUAUGGCACACGCUUUCGUCGGCGACAGCUAUCGCAGCAGCCGCGCUGGCUGCGCGUAUCUGCAGCUCCAGGCUUAGGCUUGCCAGAUCCCAAUCCGUUCUUGCCGCGUAGCCUGGAGCUGAAGGCGCCCAGGGCAGAGCCAUCCUCCAAGAAUGCGGUCGUUCUACCCGAGUACAAGAUUGAUAAAGUCUGGGAGGCUUUCUUUACGCCAGAUAUGGAGUAUGGGGUGCCGAAAGCCUACGCCUUCAUCGAGCUGCGGACAAAGUUGCCGCGGAGCAGCCCUCGUGCUGCAGUUUGUGCACGGAUCUACGAGUCCAUGUUUGAGCAAGCCUUGCAGGAAACGCUGCUCUACGACGCGGACGUGGCAGGACUUGCCUUCAACUUUACCACCUCCAUGCGUGGAGUCGAGCUUUUCUUCGGCGGCUUCGACGACCGCCUGGCGGAUUUUGCAUCGGCGGCGCUGGGAGCGCUCCUGGCCUUUGACCCGACCGAUGCUCGAGGCUUCCGUGCGCAGGCAGACCUGCUCCAACGAGAGCUGGAGUCUUUUGCGACACAGGCACCAUCCAGCCAAGCUGCCUACUGGACAGGCCUAGCAACCGUGGUUGACGAGAUUUCGUUCAAGGAGCUUGAAGCAGCGCUUGCAGAAGUGACGGCGCGAGAUGUGGCAGCCUUCGCUUCGGCGCUCUGGGCUUCUCCAGUGGUGGGCAUCUCGCUCUGCGAGGGCAACCUGCGGCAAAGCGAGGCAGAUAGCUUGAUCUCCAACGUGAGGAAGUCCCUAAAGUCGGAGAACUUCAUAGCCGUGCCGGUGUCUGAGUGGCCAACGCCGCGGGUUGCCAAAGUGCCUGCAAACAGCUUCGGCCCCGGUGUGGUCCUGGUCAACCAGAUCAUGGACCCAGCGGAGGAGAACUCUGCUGUGGAACUCAGCUUCCAAGCCGGCAGCACUCGUAGUGGGUCUGCUGAAGAUCUACAAUACCUCUCCGAGCUGCAGGUCCUGACAUCAGUCCUAAGCGACGAGUUCUACGAAGAGUUGCGCACACGCCAGCAGUUGGGAUACGUCGUCAACUGCCGUUUGGACCGGGGAGAGGGGGCCUUCCGGAUUGUUUUCCUGGUGCAGGGGGCCGUGCUGCGUCCUGUGCAGGUUCUGGACAGGAUUGACAUGUUCAUUGAGGGCGCGAUGAGCCUCAUCGACGCCAAAUCUGACAAGGAGAUAGCUGCACUUGCAGAUGCGCUGGCCCAGGCCAGACUCGUGCGCCCGCAGCAGCUUGCGGAAGCGAGCCAGCGGCGAUGGGGCGAGAUCCGCAGUCGAGCUUUUCGCUGGCAGCGGCGCCUGGAGGAGGCGUUGGCGCUCAAAGCCGUGAAGAAGCAAGAUGUGAAGGAGGCAUUCCGACGUUGGCUGGCCCCAGGCGGUUCCGAGCGCCGACGUUUGGUCUCAUUCUGUGGGCCUGCCCAAGCGCUUCAGACUCUUGCUGCGGAGCUGGAGGGCAAAGGUGCCCAGGUCGUUACGGAUCCGCAAAACUUUGCGCGCCAGCAGCCGCAAUGGCCGGCCUUGCCUGUGAGCGACAAAGCGUGA